AUGUUCCUACCCGCUGGGCUAAGCUGCCAGGUUGAUCGUCAGUCUCCGUAUGUCCAGGGCUACCGCCUUUUUUACCGCCCCAGUGGGGGAACCUGGCUCCUUCAAGAUAUUAACUCCCCCUCAGAGCGGAGCACCGUCCUCAGCAACUUGCUUAAAGGAACGGAGUAUGAGUUAAAGAUUCGCCCAUAUUUUGAUGAAUUCCAAGGCCGGGACAGCCGCACAUUGCUGGUUCGAACCACAGAAGAAGUCCCCAGUGCCCCACCCAGAGAGGUUACAGUGAAGCCAAGCAACAGCUCCAGCAUCAGUGUCUCCUGGGAUCCCCCACCCAGCGAGAUGCAGAAUGGCGUCAUCCAGGAGUACAGGGUGUGGUGUGUUGGCAGCGGCGGUGACAACCAGAUGUUCAACAGGACUGCCUGA